CCCGCCACCUCUGGGCAGUCGAGUUUUGCACUUCAGCAUGAAAAUUUCAAGUAGGUAGGGAUGUCCUGUUGCCUGGCUAGCUGCUACCGCUAGCAGCCAAUCAUAAACGAAUUGAACGAUCAAUCGAUAUCUCUUAAGAAGAACAGGCAAACGGGCCCAUUCAAAUCAUUUUUUGCUACGACAUCUCUCUUUGCACCAACGAAAUUUUGAUGAAGACUCUUGAAGUUCAAGACUUUGAAAUCGAUGUUGCAACCUUGCUCUGCGAUGUUGUGGACUGCAAGGACGACAAAGCGACCAAAAUCAAAGCGAUCCUCGACGACUACAAAAUUGUGGGUGAAGUUUGUUUCUUUUCAACCCAAUUCGGCCAGAAGUACGUGAUUGCUGUGUGUAAAAGGCACAGUUCCAGAGUUCUGUUCUGCGCAUUUGCAGGGACAUAUCUCUCUGGUGAUUGGGAGGAUGCUUCUACACAAUACAAAAAAGCAAUUGGAUUUUCCAAACGAGCCUCGGACAUUCCGAGAGAAGGUAUCGAGAGAUUGGCGCAGCAAAGCAGGGCCUCGAGAAUUGUCUUUUGUGGUCAUGGCCUGGGUGGGGCCGUGGCCCAUCUCGUGUUGAUUUUGUUUCUGAGCACUCAGCAAGGCAGUCGAGGCCGUUUUGCAGACGACGAUGCGAUAUCUGUCGGAUUCGGAGCUCCUCACUUUGGCGAUGAGGACCUGCUUGAUAGUAUCAAGGAACAAGGAUGGGUCGACCGCAUCAUCAAUGUCGUGGAUCCUCAGGACCCCAUUCCCCGAGUCAUGAACCUUGCUGCUGCGCUUUGUAGUGUGGAUGAUGGCCCGACAAGCCCAUCUUCAAGACUGUUUUCAGCUUGUUUGCGAUUUCUGAACUCGCGAGAAAAACCAGUCGAAUUGGCACGGGCGAUCCAGAAAGGCUCACCAAAUAGUGUCAGCGCAUGGUUGCAGUUCGUUUCAAUUGGCCGCUGCGUUUACCUUGAAAACGAGACUGUCACUCUCAAAGCAAGCGAAGCACACGGGCUUUCUGAACAGGUUGGAACUUCCUUUCGUUGCCGAGAAGACUGGCAACGACUUGCUCAGGAUCUUCGGGACCGCAAACAUCUCUCUCGACAUGGGAUUCCCGCAUAUCGCAAGCUGCUUGAGGCCCGGGGGGAGACUGUGUCAAAAAUGUGCCUCAGGAAAGAUUGGGCCGAUCUGAACAACCCAGGAGAGCACGUCGAAAGUCCGAUUAGUCCAUCCAAUCUAAAGCCAGAGGUCCAGGAAGUACUUUGUGAAACUCUGAAGAAAGGUGGUAUUUGCUAUCGACUGAUUAGAGUGUGUGGCAUUAAUCUUGACUUUGCAGACAUCGACACGGUCGAUCCCGACGAAAUUGAUGGCAAAUGGAGUCGUGACGCUGUUGAGGCAUCUCAACUUAGCCGGAGGAACACGAAUGUUCUUGUCAUGGAGCAAGAAUUGAAAGAGGCAGCGAUUGCGAAACCACGAGAAGAUAUUACGAUCUUGGUGCGGUCUGAUGUGGUCACCCAAGGAUAUGUGGCUAGUAAGGUCAAGGCUGAGUUGCCGCGCAAUAAGUGUCAUGAUGCGGUUGGUGUGGCGGACGACGCUCUUGCCUUCUACGGCGGGCAGUUCUUUCUUGACACCCAGCAGCAUGCGUGGAUAAUGAAGAAGCUCUUCAAUGAUGACAGGCUCAGUGUCAAGCUCCAGGAUUUCCAGGAGGAGGCGGAUCGAAAUUGUGGAAAGGACACGACGUUUCUCUCAAUGCAAGCAUCAUGGAAGCGUCUUGAAGAUGUUGGAACGUAUCCAGGCAACAUGGGCAACAUGAGGAAGACUCGAGAUGCAGGCAACAUGAGGAAGACUCGAGAUGCUUUGUAUGAUUGGAUUGUGCCUCCGGAAGGGCUUCCACUACAGACAGAGGCACAGGUUUGGUGCUUCGCGGCCAUUGUAGCUUCUUCUUUCCUUCUCGGAGGUGGCGUAAUCUCUGCCGGAGGUUUGGGUGUGAUGAUGGGCGUUGGCCGCAUCACAGGCGGAUGGGUGUCGGCUGCUCUUUUGAGCGCCGCUGGAGGCGGAGUAGCCCAGAAUCUCUGCUGGUCACGACUCCGAACGAAUUACUAUGUCAUGCUGCAAGACUUGGUCAAGGUCUACACAGGUUGGGCCCCCCGAUCGAGAUCUGAGUUUCAGUUGGAAGAAGAACUUCUAAAGGCUCAUGACGCACAUCAAAAAGGGAAGAAAACGACGACGCCAACAAAAUUCCCCACGUUCGAUGACUACGACCCCCCAUCACAAAAGAAGAUAAGAGCACGCAUAGCCGUGAUCCGGAAGCUUCAUGAAGUGAAGAAAGCUAGGAUGAAGGGAACUGUGAUUUCAGUUUGCGGGCCCCGUGAUUCAGGGAAAACGACGCUCCUUUCUCAGCUGCUACAAAAACCAAACCUUGCACUUGCCACGGGUAUCACUGGUGGAGAAGGGGAGACCCGAGUUGUUACGCCCUACUCUUUUCCCAGCGUCCCUGGGUUCGCUGUUCUUGACACCCCUGGUGUGACCGGGCCAGAGACUGGCAUUCGCGGGAAAUUUGAAAAGGCUGCACUGAAUCUUUGCUCUUGUUUUGUUUACAUCAGAGAGUAUGCGGGUUUGCCAACGGAGGUGGACGUGGCUGUGAUUCAAAAGAUACUCCAGAACUCGUCCCGCAGCCGCGAUCCGAAAAUCUUGGUGUGCUUGAAUCGUUGCGUCUCAAAAUUGACGGAGGAUGCCGCAGGAGAGAUCUUUGACGUCACCGCAGCAGAGGAGAAAAAGAAAUGGCAGGAAAGUCUGGCGAAACUACAGUCGUCUGAAACCACGCAGUGGACUUUAAGCGCUUCCUCCGCAAGCUCCAUUUCGGUCGAGUUUGUGGAGCUGAAGGGCGACAGGAGGAAAGAGGACUCCUACAACGAGGAUGAACGUACCAAAGGUAUCUGGACAACGUCUUCCAUUGGAACCUGGAUCACGCAAAAUGCAAUGGAAGGAACCGAAGAAAACUGUGGUAAAGUUCAUGCCUUCUUGAGUGCCUUCGACUACCCGAACUGGCAGGAAGGCGUGCGGAAGUGCCGAAAGGAAAGAAAAGAGCAAGAAGAACGGGAACGAGAGGCCACCCAGAGAAUGCUCGAUGCAUUGAACCAUUAAACUGGCAACAUGAGCUUAGUCCAUGUCUGUCAAGAAAGUAGAAAAGAAAGCAAUUAGUAGACUACAACACUCUUUCUAGCGAACGAGCGCACAGCCGUUUCAACCUGUGACGUACGCUUCUCUCUUCCGUGGAUACCGUCAGGUCGUCCAUUCGAGUGAAAACCCAAUUGCUUUGCUAUUGUUCUUGCACCAGCAGUGGGGAGAGGGGCAACGCGUGUCUUUUUCUUGUGUAUCCACAAGAGGGCUUGGAUUCGAUUUUCCUCCAAGGUUUGACAUCAUCCGAAGAGUAGUGGGAUAAUAAGAGACUCUCUGGGCUGCAGUCACUCUCCUCUGAAUUCAUCGGACCAAUCUUCUACUUCUUCGAGACGAAAGCUGUCCUUGUUGUGUGGUUGCGGGACAUUGUGAUUAUCAUUCUUGGACUUUCAAAUUCUUCUAGUCCUAUUCUUGCACGGGGUGGUUGUUCAACCAUGUCUCAAGUUGGCCCACUGCGUUGUCUCUCAUGCUGGUAAGACAACAGAAGAAGGGCAGGAGUCGCCCUUGUGUUGAUAUGUGAAUUGUGGAUGAUUGAAACUCCCAUGCAGUGCCCAAGUACCUUCGUUAGCUGUUCCACGAAGAACCCAAAUUGCUUGAAGCAUUCAAUCCAAGAUGCCAGGACUCUCAACCAGGCAAAUGAUAUACAUUCUUUUCGGUGGUUUGCAUUUGCGACAAUACCAUUGUGCAUUGAUUAAUCUAACGAUCUAAGAGAUGUAAAGUUUGUAUUUCCAAAUAAGUGAGCCCAGUUAUUGAUUAUUUUCUA